AUGGCGCAGCGCGACACCCUCGACCUCGCGCCCGCCGCACCCCCCGUCGCCGCCGCCGCCUCCUCCUCCUCCCGCAAGCGCUCCCUCGAGUCCUCGGCCAGCGAUGACGACAACGGCAGCGACGACACGCGCGGCCCCGGCGGCCUCUCGCCCAGCCCCGACAACGACCACGACGCCCGCCGCAGGCGCUCGCGUCGCCAUCGCCACAAACAGCUGCUCGUCAACGGCACCAAUGGACAUCACCACCCUCGCCCACCCGCCGCCGCCUUUGACCAGCGCCGCAAUAGCCUCGGCAAGGCCGCCCGCGACCCUCGCGACCAGCCGCCCACCCGGAAGCGUGCCGUCGUCGCCGGACAGGGCCAGCGCGUUCGGCCUCCGAGCCCCGUCAUCGACGACGAUGGCCUGAGCCGCCCGGGCCGAGGCACGCGCGACCGCCUCCAAGAAGACGCCGCCCACGCCGAUGACCGUCUCGAGCGCAUGCGCGGCGCCGUCCGCACCCUGCUCGAGUGCGUCGGCGAGGACCCGGACCGCGAGGGCCUUCUCGACACCCCCUCGCGCUACGCAAAGGCCCUGCUCUUCCUCACAAAGGGCUACCACGUAAACGUCGCCGACCUCGUCAACAACGCCCUCUUCCACGAGGGCCACAACGAAAUGGUCAUUGUCAAAGACAUUGAGGUCCAGAGCCUCUGCGAGCACCACCUCGUUCCAUUCAUCGGCAAGAUGCACAUUGGCUACAUCCCCUCCGACACCGUCAUCGGCCUCUCCAAGCUCCCCCGCAUUGCCGAAAUGUACGCCCGCCGCCUCCAGAUCCAGGAGCGCCUCACAAAAGAGGUCGCCCACGCCAUCAUGGAGAUCCUCAAGCCCCAGGGCGUCGCCGUCGUCAUGGAGUCGAGCCACCUGUGCAUGGUCAUGCGCGGCGUCCAGCAGACAUCGAGCUCCACAAUCACCAGCUGCGUCCUCGGUUGCUUUGAGCGCAAGUCCAAGACGCGCAACGAGUUUCUCAGCCUCGUCGGCAUCAACAGGUCUUGA